AUGGCUGCAUUGCUACCAGAUUUAGAUAUUAGGACUGUUCUAAAUGUUGUAGAGGAAAAUUAUGAAAAACAAAAAUUGAAAACAUUUGCAAUACGUAUGAUAUACGCCGGAGAACAUUGUCUACCAAAGGAUGAAAUAAUAAAGCACUUUGAACAAACGAUACAAGAUGUGAACUCCACAUAUUGCGAAAUUAAUGUUUAUGGCUUAUUACUGGUUUACGACAGUUACUUUGUACAUAUUGUUGAGGGCUCAGAAGACACAGUUCACAGACAUUUAAGGUUCCUUUUUAAUAGUGAAGUAAAAUGGAUAGAGUAUAUGAAAAAACAGGACGAAGAAGCAGCCAAUAUUGAUGACGAGGAAAUGGAAGGAAUAAAACUGCUAGAGGAGCCAUCAGAACCAGUAGACAGAAAAAUGUUUAAGCGCUUGAAAAUGUUGAUUGUUUAUCAUUCUAUAACAGCGCGUUUAUUUGACGAUUGGCGUGCAAUAACGGCACGCCCGCCUUCGCUUGUCGGAAAGCUCGACGUGUUCGGCCCUUUAGCGGAACACGUAGAACAAUUAAGAAUUUGUCUUGACAAAAUAAGGAAAUUUUGUGCCCUUGCCCAAGACGAUGAAGAGCUCUCCUUCACGGGUCUCAGCGCGAAUGACCCAAAAAUGGAGGCGUUACCAGAGAUUACGCUGUUGGAUUUCUUACUUGCGUCACAGCAUAUACUGGAUCUUCGUCACGUCGUUCAUUUGCAUCGACGGGUUGAUGAUUACGCCUUCUAUUUCGAAAAAGUGUGGCCGCUACCAACGCACUUUACGCCAAAACUCUUGUACAAGUUAAAGGUAGACGAUUCGUUUGUGGAACCAUUACCAGUAAUGCCAUGGGAGCUUGUAAAGAAGGAAGUCGCAGAAGACGAAGAAAGAGAAGAACAACAGAGUGGUAGUUCGUCCAGUGAUUAA